GACAGAGUGUUUGGAUUGAAGGCAGAUUGUGGAACUGCAAGCUUUUCCGUUACCUUAGAAACACGGACUUAACUUAUCAGGUCUUCUUGAAAUCAGGUCAAAGCCAUGAUAAGCGACGCUAAAAGAGCUUAAAUAGAACCGCAACUGUCCUAUCAUCAUUAGAACCAACUCAAUCUCCGAACAGACAACUUCUUGCUUCACCUAGCCAUUUGAGCCAGGAUACUACAUCUCUAACUUCGCUACAAUUUCAUCUUAUACGAGUUUGAAUUAUUUGACAGAUACCAUCUUUUUUUAAAAUACCAUAACGACGUUUGUCUUCUGUGCCGUCAGACGAGUGUAAAGUCUAGUUACCCACAAUGCCGUGCUUUGACGAUAACGGUCCUAUCUGUGCUCCACUAGAUGGAGAACAUUCAUCGGGUUCAGGUGGUGUGAUUGACGUCACAAACGAUGCUUAUGCUAUGAAGCUGAGUAGUCCACCUUCCAGCAUGGCGUAUUGCUCUGUCGGCGACUUCUACGCCGGCAAGACCCUGAUGAUCACCGGCGCCACCGGUUUCAUCGGCAAGGUGAUGCUGGAGAAGCUCCUCCGCUGCUGCCCGGACAUCAGAAAAGUCUUCCUCCUCGUCAGACCGAAGUCUGGCCAGAGGGCCGCUGCCCGUAUUGACGAGAUCACUUCAGGCAUGUUGUUUGACAAAGUCCGGGAAGCACAACCAGAUUUCCAGUCAAAGCUCAUCCCAAUCGAGAGUGACCUCACCGAACCUGACCUAGCGCUAAAAGAAGAAGACAUCAGGACACUGCAGGAAGAGACAGAGCUUGUGUUUCACGUUGCAGCUACAGUCAGAUUCGAUGAAAAACUAUCACUAUCCCUCCGUCUGAACGUACACGCCACCAAAAAGAUCCUUCAGUUGAGCAGAGGAAUGAAGAAAUUAUUGGUUCUUCAACAUGUAUCAACCGCCUAUGCCAACUGCGACCGAUCAAGAAUAGAAGAAGUUGUCUACCCCCCUCCCAUCGACCCAUACAAGAUCUUGGAUGCCGUAGAAUGGAUGUCGGAAGAUAUGAUCCAGACGUUGACCCCUAAACUCUUGGGCAAGAGACCAAACACAUACACCUUCUCCAAGGCUCUUGCGGAGUAUGUCGUCAUGGAAGAGGGAAAGGGGUUGCCAAUUUGCAUCACAAGGCCGUCCAUCGUUGGAGCAUCGUGGAAAGAGCCUUUCCCUGGAUGGAUCGAUAACUUCAAUGGACCAAGUGGAGUCUUUAUUGCUGUUGGCAAAGGCUUGCUGAGAACGAUGAUUGGUGAUGCCGAGGCUGUUGUUGACAUCUCUCCCGUUGAUUUCGUAGCAAAUGCAAUGAUCGGAGCAACGUGGCAUACAGGGAUCCAUAAACCUGCUACCAUUCCAGUCUACAACUUGGUCACCAGUCCUGUUAAUCCAAACAAAUGGAAAGAUGUGGAAAUCAUUCCAGAUCUCUACAACAAGAUCCCACUGGAGAAGGUGUUCAGACGACCCAGAGCAGCAAUCACUAAGAACCCACUUGCCUUUGAGUAUUUUAACAUGGUCGGUGCUAAGAUCCCAGCUUACAUCAUUGAUUGUGUCAGGAGAUUACAAGGAAAGAAACCUAUGAUGCUGAAGGUAAACCAGAAGAUCACUAAGAUGGUGCACACCCUGAAAUACUUCACCCAAAACACGUGGGAAUGGACCAAUCAGAACACGAUAGCCCUCUCCGCCGCUAUGAACGAGGAAGACAGGAAGGUGUAUUUCACGGAUGUGAGACCCCUUCACUGGCCGUCAUACCUAGAAGCUUACUGCCUUGGUACCAAGAAGUUCGUUCUCAACGAAGAUAUGAACGACCUCCCUGCGGCACGCAGUCAUCUCAGAAUGUUGCGCAACAUCCGAUGGACAUUCAACACCGCCCUCAUUGUCAUCAUCUGGCGUGUCCUGAUCGCCCGCUCGCAGCUCGCCCGCAACCUCUGGGCUUUCGUCAUCAACAUCUUCUUCAGGUUCCUCCGGUACUGCCGCGUGACAAGCACCAUCGCUCGCGCCCAUUGAGCGAGACGUCCCUGCGAUGGCGCCACUUGUCGCUUUGGCAGUUCUUCUUUUUGACGAUACGACGGAUCCUGCAUUCUGUAUAGCUUGAACUGCAGUGCAUCCUGUCUUCUUCAUUCCUGAUGUGCAAUGCUCUGUUGAGGGCGCCGUAUUCUUCUAUUUCUUCUGCAUUGAACCUUGAAAGCAGAGACUGUGAACCUUGUCAACAGAAAUGCCCUCUGAAGACAUCCUCUCAAAGGCCACACUGCAUAUUUCUUAAUGUGGGGAAACUAAUUGGGUGGACAAGGCCUUGAUGCUACCAUUGUUGACCGCUAGUCUUUCUAACGUGGCCCUUCGACGUAAGGAACAUUUAUCGCUUGGUCACUUUGGUCAAUUGUCCUGAUAAAGGAGUUCCCUAGAGUCCAGAUAAAGCUAUGAAAGAAACGUUGCCUCCGAGCAUGAUAUACCCUGUUAAUAUCUCCAGCGAGAUGGUAUUGAUGUCGGUCAUUUAUAGAGGUGCCAUCCCUAUUGCGCAUUUGAUUCUUCCCUUAGAUAUUGUGGUAACAGUUCCUGUCCUUUUCUCAACAUAUGCUCCAUUUUCGGAGUUUGUUCGCUUUUACAACAUUGCUAUUUGUAGAUAAACCCACAUGCAGUCACCGGCAAAUUUGCUAUCAACCAAUCAAAUGACAUGAUUUUAGUAGCUUAUAACAGAAGUUUGCAAGUUCCGAUCAAUCAAAAAUUCUAAUGAAACGUAGAAAUCUGAUGCUGCAAACCUUAAAAUUAUCUCAGCCCAAUCUCUAUUCUAUAGUCCCAGUGUAUUGACGCUUGUGUAGUUAUAUCAACAAACAAUGGCAUGUAUGUAACUCACUCAUGGACACUGAACGUACAAUCUUUCCUACUAUGCUCAAGAAAAUUCAAUGUGAUUUGAAAACACAGGCACUCAGGAGUUAUGAUUUCUUUAUCUAAUCUUUUUACCAAAUGUAUAUUUCAUUAUGUUGAAUUAUAACUUUCCAGAUAUUUUGGAGCAAAACUCGGAGGACAUGUGCAAAAUACUCGCUAUGUUUUGAGCCCUGAUGUAUUUGAACAAAAGUGAUUCCGUGAUUCUAUGAAACUUGAUCAAGUGGAGAAUAUGAUGUUCAUUGAUUUAUUGGACUGAAUGGAUGGAUUUGUCAAUACUGAUCGAUGAAAUGCGAUUGUAUUUCUUUAUAAGAAUUACUGAAUAUGUAUUUGCUUUAAGGUUCGAGUAUUGUUGCUUUCCUAUGUGCGAUUGGUUUUCUUAUAAGUCAUUGUACAGAUAGUAGUUUUACUUUAUAUGUGGCCAAUGUAAUCAUGUACUAGUGAAGGGUCUUCAAUGAUGUCGUAAAAAUUGUGCAGACAUCGAUCAAUCUAUUGAUAUUCAUUGCAAUUCUCUAGUUGUUCCAAACGGACGUGUAAAGAUGUAAAAUAGUAUAUUGCAUUUGCAAAUGAUGUAUAUAACUGGCUUCGUACGGCAGCAUGUAUCCUUGUUUUUUCACACAAGUUUCUCUGUGAUGCUUUGUUUUGUGUAAAUAUUUGUACGUCUCUUUAAUGUGUAAGAAGGUGGUACAUGUGAGGCCUGUAUUUACGUUUUUCUAUUUAUAUUCUCUUUAAAGUUAGUUUAUCGGCACUGCUUUUUCACAACGUGGAGCGUUGUGGCCCAGUGGAUUAGUCUUCGGACUUUGAAACAGAGGGUCGUGGGUUCGAAUCCCAGCCAUGGCGUAAUUUCCUUCAGCAAGAAAUUGAUCCACAGUGUGCUGCACUCAACCCAGGUGAGGUAAAUGGGUACCGGUAGGAAGUAAUUCCUUAAAAAGGAAAGGUGUGCGCUAUGAACGCCUAGCUUAGCCGGGUAAUAUAGGAGCGCCUUGAGCACCUAGCAAGGUGGAUAUGUGCGCAAUAUAAAUACCCUAUAUUAUUAUUAAUUCAAGCUAAAACUUUGCCAAGUGCUGUCGGCUAUCAAUAGUUGUACUUUGUAAUAAUCAUUUGUUUUCCCUGUAGUAGAGGACUGCAGGGGAGGGGGAAGUGUUUUACAAAGAGCUUUGUGCGACUUAGAGUUGGGUCUAACUAAUUCAAUGUAACAGCGCUUUGUAACUUUUGAAAAAGCGCUUAAGAAGUAAUUAUUAUAUAUUAUAACUGACGAUUUUUUUUUUAAAUUCAGUUCUUCAAAUUGGACAAUCGUGCAGCUUAUUGGCAGGUAGUAUCAUUCUGAAUCAUAUUUUUGAAACAGGUAUUCUGUUGAAAUCAGAAUGUAUGAUUUAUUUCCCCCUUCGUUUUUGCCAAAGUUAAUUUAUAAAUUGGGGAGGAUAGAUACACUUCUAGAUUACUAUUUAAACAAUAAAGUGCAACUUAAACAUGA